AUGUCUCGCUGCACAAGCAGGAUGUCCGGUGGGGUAGCCCGCGCCAACCUGGUGGACCAUGGCGUCUACUUAAAGCCGAUGAGCUUGAAUCCCUUUCUCGGCACCGUCCACGAUGGGACGAGCACCGGCUACUUCCAGGGCUUCUCAGCCAAGCCGAUCCAUUGGCUGUAUCGCUUCCGCUACAACUUGUUACCGCAGGGAGUGUCGGGCGGCUUCUUCUCGCGCAACCCCUACGGUCGCUUCGUGCACUGGCUCGAAGUGAGCACGAUUGAGAAGAUACGAUUGCAGCUGCAGACGGUGGAGUCGAUGCCAGUCUCGGUGAUGACGACGAUUGUGGUCCUCUACUCGCUGUGGUUUUCGUACCGCCUCACCUUCCUGCACCCCGACAUCACUCUGUACAACCUCGUCCUGUGGUCCACCAAGCCGUGGGUGCAGCAGCAGCGCUUCAACAAGAAGAUCAACAUUGACCAGCAGGUCUACCGCUGGGUGCACCGCGUGCCGGAGUUCAACUCAAAUGACCCCAUUCGUGAAAUUUAUAAACUCGGGGUCGGCGCGAAUGACCCAUAUCUGGAUCACGUGCGAGGCAUGGGCCGCGAGAAGGAACUCAUCCUGUACGAGCACGAGCGCAGGGGUGGGGCUGGGAGCAUCCUUCCUCUCAGCGUCCCACACGAGGACCACAGUGGUCACAACCCGGGUCCCCUGACAGCUGGCCAAGGUGUGUGA